AUCAAGCUUUACUUUGAGAAUUAUUUCAAAAAUCUCAUCAAAUUUAAUGAUAAAAACAUAGGUCUCACUAAAACAAAGUAUCGAUUAUCAAACGCUCACUUUCACUGGGGCAAAACCGAUUCAGAUGGAUCGGAGCACGCCCUCGAAGGCAAGCGCUUCGCGAUGGAGAUGCAUCUCGUGCACUACAACGAAAAGUAUGGGAGUGCAGCCAAAGCGAUAAAGUCUGGCGAUGCGGACGCGCUCUCCGUGAUUGGAAUUUUCUUCAACGCUGUCAAAGGAGCGGACCCUAACCCUGCCCUGGCGCCCAUCUUGAAGGGGAUUGCAAGCAUCAAGGAUGUGCACUCGUAUUGGGUGAAGGUUGAGGAGCCCAUUGACAUGAUGCCACUCCUGCCCCACCGCGGAGACCCCAUCUUCCACUACAAGGGCUCACUUACCACCCCGACAUGCAACGAGCAGGUCAACUGGUACGUGUUUAAAACCCCCAUUACGGUGAGUCCUUCAGAUGUCAACGCCUUUCGCAGUCUGGUGGAUGGACACAACCGUACCUUGAUCGAAAAUCAUCGACCCGUGCAAUCCCUCGGUUCUCGGGAUGUCAAGAUGCUGAAAGUUCAUUAAAAUCAAAUUUGUAGGCGAUAAAAUGUGUCAUAUUUAAAAAUUAUGUCUAGCAGCCAAUAAAAACCUACUG